AUGUUGUUUUCAAAAUCCGUAGCCCUUUCUGUUUUAGCUUUCAUGGGCGCCAACGCCUUGGUCCUCCCUGAUGUAGGGGAGGUGAUCCACGUCUUUGACGACGAAAAUGUGCCCCCACCUCCGCCACAGUUCCCCCACCACGACGAAGGCGUUGAGCAGGGAAAGCACCACCCUGAGGGAAAGCACCACCCUGAGGGAAAGCACCACCCUGAGGGAAAGCACCACCCUGAGGGAAAGCACCACAAAGGAGAGCACCACCCUGAGGCAAAGCACCACAAAGGAGAGCACCAUGGCAAGCACCCUGAAGGAAAGCACCACGGCAAGCCUCACCGUGGUGAUGUAAUCCACAACUUUGAGUCCGAGGUUGCUGAGAAAUUGAACGUCAAGCUUGAAAAAGGUCUUCACGUUCCUCUUGUCGGUACUGAUGCCGCCAGGGAGUCUGUUCCUCACAAGUAUAUUGUGGUUUUGAAACCAGGUAUUUCGCCAGAAGAAGUUCUGUUCCACCAAGAGUGGGUUGCUGCUGAGCAUGCCCAGGCUGUGGGAGACAUCGACCCAACUCAUUCGUUCUGGUCUGCUUUGGAAGAGAACCACUCAAGCCAGAAGCAAGGUGGACUCAUCCACUCGUUUGCAAUCAGUGACCUCGUUGGAUACUCUGGCUUCUUCCUUGAAUCCACCAUUGACCUCAUCCGCAGCAACCCAUUGGUUCAGUUCGUUGAGCAAGACUCGUUGGUGCAUGCUUCCGAGUUUGACAUCCAAAAGGGUGCUCCAUGGGGUCUUGCUAGAGUGUCCCACCGUCAACCCUUGAGCUUGAACUCGUUCAACCAAUAUUUGUACGACACCGAGGGCGGCAAGGGUGUCACUGCAUACGUUGUAGACACCGGUGUUCAUGUUUCCCACGAUGAAUUUGGUGGCCGUGCUACCUGGGGUGCCACCAUUCCCGAUGGAGACAUUGACGACGACAACAAUGGACAUGGCACUCACUGUGCUGGUACCAUUGGAUCGUCCCUGUACGGUAUCGCCAAGAACGCUGACAUUGUUGCCGUCAAAGUGUUGCGUUCCAACGGAAGUGGUACAAUGACCGAUGUGAUCAAGGGUGUUGAAUUUGCCGCCAAGUCGCAUCAAGAUGCCGUGAAGAAGGGAAAGAAGGGUUUCAAGGGCUCUACUGCCAACAUGUCAUUGGGUGGAGGCAAGAGUCCAGCUCUUGAUUUGGCUGUGAACGCUGCCGUCAAGGCUGGUUUACACUUUGCGGUUGCCGCAGGAAACGAGAACCAAGACGCUUGCAACACUUCCCCAGCCUCUGCUGAGAAUGCUAUUACUGUGGGUGCCUCCACCAUCUCGGACGCUCGUGCCUACUUUUCCAACUACGGUAAGUGUGUUGACAUCUUCGCCCCAGGUCUCAACGUUUUGUCCACUUACAUUGGUUCCAAUACAGCAACCGCCACGCUUUCCGGAACCUCCAUGGCUUCACCUCAUAUCUGUGGCUUGUUGUCAUACUAUUUGUCUUUACAACCUGGUGCCGAUUCCGAGUUCUUUGCUGCUGGCGACGGUGUAUCUCCAUCCCAACUCAAGAAGAACUUGAUCCACUUUGGCUCCAAGGACAUCCUUACCGAUAUUCCUGAGGACACCCCCAACAUCUUGGCCUUCAAUGGUGCUGGUCACAACUUGACCGAGUUCUGGGGCGAUAAGUCCGACGCCAGCAAGUUUGAUGUCCACCAUGAGGUUCACGAGGUGCUUUCCAACAUUGACGAGAAGAUUGGUGAGAAUCUUGCACACGUCAUGGGCGGCAUCAAGCACAUGAUGGAGGAGGCCUACUCCGGACUUGUUUAG